AUGAAGACCACCACAUUCGCCGCGUUCGUACUCUUGGCCAUCACAUAUGCGCAGUCGUUCUACUUGAAGGGCACGGAAAAAGGGCAAAUUGACGUAGGUUGAAAAUUUAAUAUUGUUAAUUUGGAAGUGAGUCCAAGGGUUUGGACACUGAGAAAUGCACGAAUUUGAGAUUUUUUUAACAGAUUUCAAAGUUGUUUCAGCAAAAAGCCCUGCCGUUCAAGAUGAUGUUGCCUCCACAGAAAAUCGAGCACAAAAUAACGCCGCAGUUGUUGCUGGCAAAUCAGAUGAACGUCAGGAACGCGGUCUACGACUACAUGCAGAGGGGGUAGGUCUAGGUUGGAGGAGCAGUGAGGGAAAAUAGCAAAAACUAUCUGAUUUGCGGCAGUAUUAGUAUUAUACUAGUCCUUCUGGGAAGUCGCUGUACUAAUCUUUGGCGUGGGCACUGUGCGAAAAGGUUAAGGUGCUAGUGGCAACCCAAAUAAAGGCUACGGUGGGGGGCCUGAUCCCAUGGCAAAAAACGUACCAUUUUGCUUCCGGGAAGGAUGAAAAAAUGUGGCAAAAUGCUUCCCUCUCCAAGUGAAAAAACUCCUAUUUCAAAAGUCUUUCUGUGAGGGAAAGGGCGCGCCCUUCAAAACGAAGUUUUUUCACUUGAUGAGGGAAGCAUUUUGCCACAUUUUUGACACUUUCCGGAUGCAAAAUGGUACGUUUUUUGCCACUGGAAGAGGUCCCUCAUUGUAUUGCACGGUACAUAAAGGAAGAAAUUGCACGGUGAAAAAUGGAUUUUUUUGUGUAUGGCGCAACAAAAUGCUCAUGCACUUUAUGGAGAUACUAUAAUACAGUAUGUGUACUUGAGCCCAGAGGAACCUCUUCAAGUUGGCUUUCGUCAUAAAUAAUGGACCGAGAAAUUUUUCUUUUGACCGGUUUCUUAACCGAUUUGGCAAAACCCAACUGUUUUUUUUUCCAAAUUUCACCGUUUUGAAGCUUUCUAAAUAUUUUUCCAAAAAAUUUGAGCGGUAAUGCCUGUAACUUUCCUUCAUUUUUUUGCAAGAGAUUAUAAUAUUUUUCCGAUAAACCUUUGGACAAAAAGCCAAAUUGAACAAUUCCCUUCUCAAUAUGACGCGUGUUGCUCGAAAUGAUGGCUCGAAAUACAUAUAUCCAUAUUACAUACACAUAUGUUAUAAUAUUUACAAGCCAAUCCCGCAACUUUUCAGUUUCCUCCCAAUGAUGGGUCCCAACGCCUCUCGCCAGUUCAGACAACGAAUGCCGUUCGACGAUCCCCGUCUACAAGUUGUUGACGGCAUCUGA